GACAAACAUUUAACUGCCUGACGCCUGAUCGUCCAGAGCCACGCAGGACCACUUCGGGACCCGCAGCCCUCCCAAGAGACGCCACCGCUGCCCGCGGCACGCAUGUGGAACAACUACUUCGAGGAGCAAAGGUCGGGCAGCCCCCGGGCGGAACCGACGAGCCCGCCGCCGCAGCACUGCCCCGGCUGCGGCCAGCGCCUCGACGUCUGCGCCUGCGCGCCGUCGCAAGACAGCUACGCCGCGCCCCGCCACGAGGCCGUCAAGACCCCCGACCAGCACUACUCGGAGUCGUUGCGGGCGGACCUGCACACGAAGCCGCGGCGCGCGCCGUCGCCGGCGUCGCGUGCGCGCUUCGAGGCGGCUUCUGUCGAACUCAACAGUGAAUUGAGGGGCGCGGCCGCCGCCAUCGACCGCAUCCGCACGCCGCCGAAGCGGCCGUCGCCCCAAGGUUCCGUGACGUCGGAGACGUCGCGACAAAAGAAAACGAGGAAGCCGCCUUUACCAAGGCGUUUGGACGGCCGCAUCGUCGGCGCCCGGGCGAGCCCGGUCCGGCGGGCGCCGAGCCCGGCGCCCGUCGCGCGCGUGCCCGUACCACGGCCCGCGGCGCCCGUGCCGCUGCGACCCGUCCGGACGUGGGACCACAGCGCCUGGGCGGCGGCCGUAUUAGUCGUCUUGAUCACGCUGAGCCUGCACUACGCGCCGGCUUAUAGGAAUAUCGUCGAUCAAUAUAUGGGCAUUUCGCGCGAGGGCGGCAACGCGUCGGCUUUACUGUACCUCCUGCCGCUCGCGCUGCUGAUUGUCUACGACGCCGCGCACAACCCGCUCCACCGCUUCUUCCCGUUUCCGGACCGAUGGGCGAACUACGUGCUGCGCGUCGCGGGCGGCUACGGCAUCGUCCAGGUCCUGGCCCAGGACUUGGGGCUGAAGACGGGCGCCGUCCAGCGCGACCUCGUCCAGGCGGAGGGGGUCCAGUUCCUGCUCCUGUGGGGCGGCGCCUUCGCCGUGACAGGUCAUAGAUCAGAGGGCCUCGUGGCGGCGCUGUUGUACUUCGUCCUCAAGCACCACGUGAGCGCCGGCGAGACGAGUAGCGUGUGCUUCGAGGGCGUCUGACGCGUACUAAGGAG